AUGCCGGACGAGAACGUUUCCUCUCCUCCCCUACCUACACCACGAUCGAAACCCGUCAGCGAGGCACUUUUGAAUGAGAAGUGGGAUCGUGCAAUUUCAGAUACAGUGAUCAAGUCCGGACUUGGUUUCUCUUUCGGUGUUAUAUUCUCAGUAUUGCUGUUCAAGCGAAGAGCAUGGCCGGUGUGGUUUGGAACCGGCUUUGGCGCAGGAAGAGCUUGGGAGGCUGCUGAUGCCAACUUCAAGAGAGGUGACUCCACAGAUGGACUGAGAAAAGUACGCACUGAGCGGUAG